GGUCGUCUUCGUCUUCCCUAAUUCUCCGAUCCAACAGAAGCAAAAUUCAAGGAGAAAGGAUCGCGAAACCCUAAUUUAUUCAUUUCUAUCGCAAGCGGUGGGCAUGUCGUCCAAGUCGCUGCCCUACUCAAUGAAGGAUGUCGACGACUACGACAACGCCAAGUUCCGCUACCGAUCCCCUUUCAAGGUAAUUACUCAGGCAUUGUCUACAAGUAGCAUCACACAUGACUGUGGAAGAUUUACUGUAGGGAAGUUUCUAAUAUUAUUGAUGAUUGUUGGGUUAACAUGCUUAAUGGUAGUGGGUAGAGGAUCUAGUCCUGCUUCUAAUGGGCUCUCUGGUGGUCUUUCUAGUGGAGAAAAUAAGCAUGAAAGUGGUGCUAAAUUUGGAAGAUUUUGGAGAAAGCCACCUAGGCUUCCACCAAGGCUGUCUCCGGAUGAAGUUCGUAAUGUUAGUUUCAAACUAGAGCAAGACAAGCUAUCUUCCAGGUCGGAAUGGACAUCUCGGCAAGCUAAGGUUAAGGAGGCAUUCAUCCAUGCUUGGUCUGGAUAUAGCAAGUAUGCAAUGGGCUAUGAUGAGCUUAUGCCUGUGAGCCGAAGAGGUGUUGACGGUCUAGGAGGCCUCGGUGCUACUAUUGUGGACUCCCUAGAUACAGCCAUCAUAAUGGGUGCUGAUGAAGUUAUUUCUGAAGCUGGAAUGUGGAUAGAGAAACACCUUAUGGAAAGAAUUAACGCAAAAGGGCAGGUCAAUUUAUUUGAAACCACCAUACGUGUUUUAGGUGGCCUUCUUAGUUCUUAUCAUUUGUGUGGGGGAGACCAAAGCUCCAUAUCCAAUAACGACAUACCCAUAAUGGCUAAGGGCAUUAACUCCACAGUUAUAUUAGAAAUUGCUAAGGAUUUGGCUAACCGUCUUUUAUCUGCUUUUACUUCCAGUCCAACAUCUAUUCCUUUCAGUGAUGUUGUUCUUCACGAUCGUUCUGCUCAUCCAGCUCCUGACGGCUUAAGUAGUACUUCAGAAGCUUCAACGUUACAGCUUGAAUUCAAUUACCUCAGUAAAGUAUCAGGUGAUCCAAAGUAUGGGCUAGAAGCAAUGAAGACACUUGAACAUUUAAGGACACUUCCCAAGGUGCAAGGUCUGGUGCCUAUCUACAUCAGCCCUCACACUGGCCAGUUCAAUGGCGAAAAUAUUCGGCUGGGAUCUCGUGGUGACAGCUACUAUGAGUAUUUACUUAAAGUUUGGAUUCAGCAAAAGAAUAAUCAUAAUAGUCAGGUCAAGUAUUUAUAUGAGAUGUAUGAGGAAGCAAUGAAAGGUGUCCAUCACCUUCUUGUUAAAAAGUCCAAGCCCAAAGGAUUGGUUUUUGUUGGGGAGCUUCCCUAUGGCCUAAAGGGUUCCUUCAGCCCGAAAAUGGACCACCUGGUGUGUUUCCUUCCUGGUACUCUUGCCCUUGGUGCAACUAAAGGUAUUUCUAAGAGAAGAGCCAUUGAAAGUGGUCUGCUAAGUGAUCAAGAUUUGAAGAAUUUAAAACUUGCUGAAGAUCUGGCAAAGACAUGCUAUGAAAUGUAUUCCGUGACUUCUACUGGCCUUGCUCCUGAAAUUGCUUACUUCCAUUUUGAGGGUUAUUCAGAAGGUGGCUUAGAUGGUGGAAACAAAAGCUCCGAGUAUAUAGAUGAUAUAAUAAUUAAACGCAAUGAUCGCCACAAUCUUCUACGUCCUGAAACUGUGGAAUCACUAUUUGUAUUGCAUCGGAUAACUGGUGAUCCAAAAUAUCGUGAGUGGGGCUGGCAGAUCUUUGAGGCUUUUGAGAAAUAUACAAAGAUAGAUUCUGGAGGUUACAGUUCUCUGGAUGAUGUCACUACAUUGCCUCCGCAUAAGAGAGACAAGAUGGAGACAUUUUUCUUGGGGGAAACUUUGAAGUACUUGUAUUUGUUAUUUGGAGAUGACAAUGUCAUACCCCUGGAUAAGUAUGUUUUCAAUACAGAAGCACACCCUUUCCCUCUUAGCUGAUCUACAGAGUAGGUCUAAUACUGCGACUACACGGAUAUCUCCUUGUAACAAGCUUAAGGAAACCCCAUUAUCUGAACCAGAAGAUAAAUUGAGCGUUCCACACUGCAAAAAGGAAUUUCAUACUUAUUUUUCAAGUUUGUAGCUUGGAGUUCAUGCAACUGGUCAAAUUUCUCAUUCUAUCUGGAGUCUUUCUACAUUAAUGAACACCGAAGAACUGUAAACAUCAAUUUUGACUUUUUCUCAUUUUGUAAUCAUACACAAGUUCUUUUAUGUAUCAUCCUUUGAGGUAGAGCUGCCAGUAAUUAUUGAUAUGGCAGAUAUUUUAUUAGUCCGCCGAUACAAAGAAAGAGUAGACUAUUUCCUCUAGUUAAGGUUUCCAAGAGAAAGAAUCUCAAUGUGUUUAUCAAGAAGAGUCAGAUGUAACUGAUAAUGAAUUUCCAGUAAUUGCUGGAAGUGUAGUGAAAUAAUUACAAAAAUGUUACAAUUUC